UCGUUCCCUCCUAGGUAUGCUGCGAGCGUCAUGGACAGUGCUAUAUGAUAAGAGAUAUCUGCCUCAGUUAGACAUUCCUCAGCACAGGAUACACAAACAACGACAUCAGAGACGCUGGCGAGAAUGACAGUCGCGAACAUUCGCGAGGUCUCUGACUUUGUGGUACCCAGCUCCGGAGAUGUAUUUCCAGGUCACAUGUCACAAAAUGCCCCUAAACACGACUGUUCCCUCGAGUCUGUUAGGAACCAGGUGUAUAAGGCUGAGAACGUCAAGUCUUUGAGCGGAAACUUUCAGAGCGAGAGCUUCGAAAAGGGGCCUUCGGAAUCUAAAUUUCUGCGCUUGCCCACCGAAAUACGCCUGUAUAUAUACCGCCUCGUGCAUGAGAUGCACCGCGUUCCCUGCCUGGCACAGACUCUACCGUGGUACCCAAUGCCAUCGUUAAAGCCGUAUACUACUCGGGAGCUGCGGCUCCACAGCGGAGCGGACGAAGCUGCGCCUGACCUUGCGAGCCCGACGAGCUUGUGCUGGGAGACAGGGUGCUCUUCGUCGGCAAUGUCAGACACAGCCUCAGUACCGCCCGUAUUCCUCAGAACGUCUUCGAUCUCAUCUCGGUCAAGCGACGGCGAAUUAGAAGUAUCUAAAACCACGGCUUGGAGCUAUCCCCGUCAGCGGCCGCCCACGCAACUACUUGCACCAAACAGGCCUUCCGGGAAACUACCGACAGCUCUCCUCCUGACCAGCCGCGCCGUGUACAGCGAGUGCCGGACCAUACCAUUUCAAGACAACGAGUUUGUGUUCCCAAUGUGGUUAUCCUCGGGACUAUGCUUGGCAACGAGCCUCACAGGCCGUUUGGCAGAUUGGCAGAAGGAUGCCGUCCGCUGGGCGCGUAUUGAGUUGUUCUCGCGUGACCUGGAGGCCGUGUUCAUACCUCGGGCCCUUCUUGACGGUUCGAAUGACUCCCAUGUGCAACAUACCGACCCAAACAACACAGCCAGUCCAUCGGCAGCAGACCGCGCUGCCUAUGCCUCGGAAUGGAGCCAGCUGUGUAUCUCGUGGUCCAAGAACCUGCGCGGUCUGCGGCUCAAGAUUGUGGCUGCCCAGCGCGCCUGGUUCGGUGCGGCGUGGGACACGGCGUCCGGCUUCGGGGCCCAUGCUCCCGAGGUGGCGAACGCUCCUGCUGCCAUCUCUAUUGCCUUGGCGAACAGCAGCCCCAGCAUGGCACUCGCGACAAGUGCGACAACCACGAGGGGUUUUAAGAGUAAGGAGGGGUCGGAGGGCUCCACGCCGCGCGGCAUCAUCAGCAUCCUCGACGAGCACGGCCGCCCGAGACCAUGGAUUACGCAUGGUCUUGCCAUACUCAGGGGUUUGAGACAGCUUGAGAUUGAGCUCUGCCCUGUAAUGCCUUUGUCUGCUGCAGCAGUUGCUUCUGGGAACGGUGGUGCCCACGACACUGGUGAUCAGCAAGGCGUCACUACUGUUGAAUCCGCCGUAGACGAGGAGACGAGAUCUAAAAUACAAUGGUGCGCGGAUCUCGAGGACGCACUCAAUCGCCAGAAGGCCGCUGGCGAGGAACCAAUUAAAGUUGUGUGUGUCACCACUAACGCUUCCGUAUGAUCGUCGUAUAUUGCAUCAAAGGUGCCUGCCCACGAUGAUUGGACGGAGAAGGGAGCACCGAGGCAUGUGUGCAAUCCUUGCAGAUGAAGUCGGAUCGAGAUGACACCCAGCAGACAAUAGUCACCUGUCAUCAAAAGUGACAGACAUCAUUCACAUUCAUAGUC